AUGGUGUCUGCUUCGUUCGUACUCCUUGGUGCCCUGGUGGUCCUCGGGUCGACUGCUGAGGGAAGCAAAAAGUUCGUCAGCUGGAUCCCCAACGGCGCCAAUGUCGAGGGCUACGCAGCCAUCGGGCACCCUGACGGUACGGGGAAGGACGAGUCGACUAACGACUUCGGCGAAGCCUUCGAAAAGGCUGGCAAGAAGUGGACCGUCGAGUUGUGCCAGGCCGACACGGACGGAGACGGCCAAACCAAUGGACAGGAACUUGGUGAUCCGUGCUGUGAAUGGUCGACGGGGGCCACUCCUCGCUGGACAACUGGCGUCUCACACCCGUCUCUCAAGGACAAGACGUCCGACGCGUCGCUGUGGGCUAACAUCAACUGCACCUCUACCACCACCACUACUACGUCUGGAGCAGACAGCUCAGUGGUGGACUUGUGGGCGAACAUCAACUGCGAUGCAGACACAAGUGCAUCCUCUGCGGCGACCGAUACAGACUCAACUUCCACCACAGCACCAACACCGACACCGACAACAAGCGCUUCGACUGGCGCCGGCACCUCAGACGCCGACGCCGCCAAACCGGCGCAGUACUUAGCGUCCAUGCUGGCUCUGGCCUCGAGCGUCGCUCUCUUCUUGGCGUAG